AUGACCUCAAGGUUCGACUAUGUUGUGUGUUCGGUUGAAGAGUCUAAUAACUUAGACACCUUAACCAUUGAUGAGUUGCAGAGCAGCUUACUAGUACAUAAGCAGACGAUGAACGGGCAUGGAGGAGAUGAGCACGCAUUAAAGGUGGCCUACGAUGACAGAAUUGGUGGAAGAGGAGGACACUUUCAAUAUGAGUGUCCUAAAUGGGAGAAGGAAGUGAAUUAUGUUGAGCUUGAGGAGAAAGAAGAAAUGUUGCUGAUGUCAUAUGUGGAGCUUAAUCAAUCAAGGAGAGAAGAUGUUUGGUUCCUUGACUCAGGGUGUAACAAUCAUAUGUGUGCAAAUAAGGAGUGGUUCUUAGAUCUGGAUGAGGAAUUCCGGCACCCUAUGAAGCUUGGGAAUAAUUCCAAGAUGGCUGUGUUGGGAAAGGAUAAUAUUAGGUUGCAAAUUGCUGGAGUUACUCAGAUAUGGGCAUCUAAGUUUCAAGGGUCUGAGAACAUUGCAAUAUAA